UCGGUCAACCGUGAGGCAGACACGCUCGCGGCAGCUGUUAGAACAACCAAAAUACGCGUGUCGACAUUCAAGUCAACCUGCGCCAAUACUUGGGAGGGAAUUUAUUUGCGACACAACUUGGAAUAAUGACGGAGGAGUGCGACAGGUCGCCGACUUACUGAAAUGAGCUGCGCGAACCGGAUAUGCAUGGCAACAUUGUAGGACGGAGUUCUGACAGUGUGCAAGGAGUCAAAAGGAGACGAGAGACAUUGGUAACUGUCAGAGAGGAUGGGUGAGACGGAAGAUGAGCACACGGCUAAGGCCAGCCAGCUCUUUGAGAAGUUUGUCCAGAUGUCCACAUGUAAGGGGACUCUGCAGGCUUUCAGUAUCCUCUGCAGGGAACUGGAGCUGGAUCCGCUGGACUACAGCAACUUUUACAGUGCACUGAAAGCUGCAGUCAACUCCUGGAAAGUCAAAGCUCUCUGGACCAAAUUGGACAAGAGGGCACAGCAAAAGGUGUACAGCCAGAAUAAAGCCUGCCAAGGAACUAGGUGUCUGAUCAUUGGUGGCGGACCUUGUGGUCUGCGGACAGCCAUUGAACUGGCCCUGCUGGGUUGUAAGGUGGUGGUAAUUGAGAAGAGAGACACCUUCUCCAGGAACAAUGUGCUUCAUCUGUGGCCUUUCACCAUUGAAGACCUCAGAGGCCUGGGGGCCAAGAAGUUCUACGGCAAGUUCUGUGCUGGCUCCAUCGAUCAUAUAAGUAUCCUUCAGCUGCAGUUGAUGCUGCUGAAAAUUUGUCUGAUUCUGGGGAUUGAGGUUCAUGUAAAUGUGGAAUUCAUCAAACUUGUGGAACCACCCGAAGAACAAACAAUUGACAGUCCUGGUUGGAGAGCAGAUAUGGAACCCUCAAGCCACUCUAUCUCAGACCUUGACUUUGAUGUGGUGAUUGGCGCUGAUGGACGCAAAAACACAUUAGAUGGUUUCAGCCGCAAGGAGUUUCGAGGAAAGCUGGCCAUUGCUAUUACGGCUAAUUUUGUUAACAGAAACACCACAGCAGAGGCCAAAGUGGAAGAGAUUAGUGGAGUAGCCUUUAUCUUCAACCAGAAGUUCUUCCUUGAACUCACGGAAGAAACAGGUAUUGACUUGGAGAACAUUGUUUACUACAGAGACAAUACCCAUUACUUUGUCAUGACUGCAAAGAAGCAGAGUCUGCUGGACAAAGGGGUCAUUAUUAAUGACUAUGUGGAAACAGAGCGUUUACUAAGCAUUGACAAUGUAAACCAGGAAGCCUUGCUCUCUUAUGCCCGUGAGGCAGCUGACUUUGGCACAAAUUAUCAGCUACCAUCACUGGACUAUGCCAUCAAUCACUACGGGCAACCAGAUGUAGCAAUGUUUGACUUCACCAGCAUGUAUGCCUCAGAGAAUGCUGCUUUAAUCAGGGAGAAACAUGGACAUCAGCUACUGGUUGCAUUGGUGGGAGAUAGUCUGCUUGAGCCUUUCUGGCCAAUGGGUACAGGUUGUGCUCGGGGUUUUCUGGCAGCAUUUGACACAGCUUGGAUGGUGAAGGCCUUUGCACAGCGGAAGAACCCUCUGGAGAUACUGGCAGAGAGGGAGAGCAUCUACCGGCUACUGCCUCAGACCACAACGGAGAACAUCAGUAAAAACUUUGAUCAGUAUACCAUUGACCCUGCAACCCGCUAUCCCAACCUUAAUUCCAGUCGUGUACGCCCCCAUCAGGUGCGCCACCUGUUCAGUGAUGGCAAACAGGACUCGUCUCACCUUGGAGGUCCCACAGGUAAACCUGUCAACCUUUCCAGAAGAGAAUCUGAAGUGCGCCCCGACCGGCUGCUGACAUGGUGUCAGAGACAGACUAAUGGCUACAGAGGCGUCAACAUCACCAACCUGACAUCUUGCUGGAGGAGUGGCCUCGCCCUUUGUGCCCUUAUUCAUCGGCAGAGGCCAGAACUCAUUGACUAUGACUCCCUUAAUGAGGAUGAAGUGGCAGCAAACAAUCAGUUGGCUUUUGAUGUGGCUGAGCAUCACCUUGGGAUUCAACCAGUGACGACUGGGAAGGAGAUUGCUGCAGAGGCUGAACCAGACAAGCUGCUAAUGGUUUUAUACCUGUCCAAAUUUUACGAAGCCUUCAGGAACUCUCCUGGAAACAAAAAAGGAGCAAAAGGAAUGAAUGAGAACAGUGAAAAACAAUCAGCAAAAGGCAACCUCGGACAGCCCAGAAAGAGGAUACCUAAGGAUGAAACAAAAAUGGAUGACGAUUCGGUUAAUAAGAGGCGACGAAAGGGUAACUGCUACCUCACAGAGUUAUCAUGUCACAGUACGCCCUCAGCAGGUGAGGACGGAAAACUGCGGGAGAACAAGGUCCGAUCCAUGGCAACACAGCUGCUGGCCAAAUUUGAGGAGAACUCUGCAGACAAAAAGCAUGGCAAGCCUGAGGAUGACCUACCCAGCCCAUCCUUUGCUUCUCCUCUUUCAUCUUCCUCCACUCCAAUCCCUCUCUCAAAGGAGGAGGAGGAGGGUGAAAAUCCCCGCUUUGUAAAGUCCAAGCAUGCCCCACCUCCUCCUCCUCCUCUGUGCUCCCCACGACCCAAGUGGCAGCCUUCCGUCUAUCUUCGUUUACUGGAAAAUCCUGCUUCUGUGGCUCCACAAAACAGUUGCCACAAUUCUCCCAUGUCUUCUUAUUCUAUAAGCAACAGUCGUUCUCCUUCACCCUCACUCUCCAAAAGCCUUUUGUACUCUCCAAGUCCUGAACUACACUACCCAGAAUGCACGUCUCCUGUUCCUAAAGCCAGCCAUUAUUCUGCCUCUGCUCUGUUGGAUAAUGUUCUUUCCUCACCAAGGUCAGAGGAGGAAAUGCAACAGAGUAAAGCUGAGAGGCUGUCAACUAGACAGUUUGCCGAAAAGACUAUUAAGGAAAGAGCUGUCAUCCUUUCAUCCUUGUUUACUGGCUCCAACAAACGUACUCCCACUCAUUUUUCCUCUCUUCCUGAAGCGCAGGUUGAACUAUCUACCUCUAUCCCUCCUAUAUCUCUGUCUAAAAGCACCGAAAUCUACCCUGCGGUCCACCCUGUCCCUGAUCCCACUGCCCAGGCUGGUUUCUCUUCUAAUCCUGUUCACCACAAGCACAAGAAAGAAUUCCCCUUUCCUUCAUUGUAUGCUGACCCUGAAAGUCCUCAGCAUACUUGUCAUUUGGAUUCCUUGUCUAGUAACAGCAAAGUCCCCACUGAAAUCUCAUGUUCUAAUGAGAGCCAGGAUACCACAUCUCUGUUCCCUGAAAUCAGCUUCUCCUCAGGUCCAGUUUUUGCAGGGACAGAAUACAGUCCUCAGGACAGUCUUGAAACUAAACAAAUCAACAAAACUUCCCAUGAGACAUCUGAGAGCCACAAAUGUGAUAUAAAUGCAAAGUGUAAUGGAAGUUAUGGUCUUGAAGACCCUAAAGGAGACGUUCGAAAAUCAGUCGUUCGCUCUGAGAGUUGUCCAAGUGGAGCGCCAAGCUACAGUAAAGAGUGUGUGGGUCGUAAAGAAUUUCACUCUGGACUCGGGGGCAGCGAUAUAUGCCACUUCUGUUCUAAGCGGGUAUACGUAAUGGAGAGACUGAGCGCUGAAGGCUACUUCUUCCACAGAGAGUGUUUCCGCUGUGACGUCUGUAACUGCACCCUCCGUCUGGGUGGCCACAGCUUCAACUCACAUGAGGCGAAGUUCUACUGUAGGAUGCAUUAUACUCAAUACCAGUCCCGUACACACUUCAGGAAAAGAAAGGAGGACCACAGCCGUGUCACAUCCUUGGUGCUAGACAAUGGGAGAAACUCUGUGACAAGCAGCAUCCAGAUGCAACAACCUCCAGACAGGUCAUCUAACAUGCAUUCAGAGCAUUUAAAUAGAUGUUUGAUGGGUGAUCCGGGAGAAACAGAUAUGGCUGUGGAAACCCUGGAUGUGUCCUGUAUGGAAAGUCCUGCAGCGCAACAUGUCACAGUGGUGAAAGGUGCUGAAGGUCACUGUAAGACCAAACACAGUGAUUGUUGGAAACACAGGAUUAAAGCGACGUUCCCAUUGAAUUUUGUCAAACACUUCCAACGAAGCUGUCCACGGAACAAAGAAGGACCGGAGACUGUUCCUGAAGCGGAGUCUGACUUUGAGGAGAUCGAUUCAGCAGAAAAACAAACUACCUCUAAAGGCCAGACAUCUCUUGAUCCCAAACACCACUCAGAUGGAAGCGAAAUGCAUCCACAGCAUCCAACGUGCAACUCAACUAGCCCAAAGAGACACUUGACUUUAUCUCUUGGCGAGAAAGAGAGACUCCUGAGCUGGGACACUCAAGAGGUCCAAACAGAGACAGAAGCAGAUAAGCCUCAUGCAGACUUCAGCCAGCAUGGAGAAUCAACUGAGAGCCAAUUCGCCUCUGCCUCUUCCCUCUCAGCCUUCCAGCUUAUUGCCAAUGCCUUCAGGAGGACAUUUAGUGUGACCAGUUCUUCCAGCAGCUCCAACACAGCCCCCACAAUGAGGCCCAGGCAUGAAGGCCAACGCAGACGGAGGCCUAUGUCCGAGGGAGAGUUACAUUUUAAUUCUUCUGAACCGGAGUCCUCCAAAGACAAGAAAGCUAGAAACAAUGAGGCAGGGCUGGACCUGCCCUCUUUGCUGCAGCAAGUCUCCCUAAAGGGCCGCAGAGACUCAGGAAGGGUCUUCAAUGAUGACGCGCCGGCAAUGCCCAACAGAAAAGUCACCCUUUUCUCUUCCCUGAGGCUCAGGAAAAGGGAGCCAUCAGAGUGCAACAGGAAAGACCAGGAGCUCCAAAAGGAAAUCAGGAUGAUCCUCGCCAACCUUAGAAACAAAGCUUCCAGUCAGCAGAGUCUGGAGGAGCCAUGCUCAACUGAUGAUGAAUGUGAAUCAACUAAUAAGAGGGUGUCCUCAGAAAGACUGCAAAAGAAGCAAGAAAAGAUGGUGGCCCUGCAGGCCAAACAUGACCAAUUAAAGAGGUUGCAUAGAGCUCAGGUGAUUCAGCGACAACUGGAGGAGGUCGGAGAGAAACAGAGAGACCUAGAGGAGAGAGGAGUAGCUAUAGAGAAGGUUAUAAGAGGAGAAACAGGAACUGACAAUCAGACAAAUGAUGGUGACCAUGCCCAACUUUAUCAAUCGUGGUUUGAACUGGUUUUAGAGAAGAACAGACUAGCACGAUAUGAGUCUGAUCUCAUGAUCUUUGCUCAGGAGCUUGAAUUGGAGGAAACCCAGGGCCGACUUCAACGAGACCUUCGACGCAGGAUGUCUAAAGAAGAUACAAAGAAGAGCGCCUCUGAGCUCCAGGAGGAGCAGGAGAUCCUAUCUGCGAUUAUGAGGACAGUGGAGAAAAGAGACAUGCUGGUGUCUAUACUUGAGGAGCAGAGGCUGAUGGAGAGAGCUGAGGACCGCGACUUGGAGAGCCUUGUGCUGUCUAAAGGCUACGAGUUCCACUGGGCCCAGGCUAAUGACAGCUGGGGGUCAGAUGAGGUGGGGCUGAGGGCUGACUGUUAAAGAAAGGCCAGGUCAGAUGCAGCCCACUGAGGGUAGUACAGAUGUCCCAAGACUAUGCACAACACUAGUUUAAAGAAGAAAAGUAAACUCUUCACCUCUCUAUGUAAGCUGUUCAAUCAUAUCCACAACUAAAAGUCUUGACCUUUAAGAAUUUUUUCAAACUGUUGUAUUAUUUUUUUGUAAUCCUUGAAGAGGCUUGAGCGGAAGAAUCGAAAUAGAAUUGACACAAAAAAGGCUUAUAUCAUAUGUCAAUGUACUUCAUAUUUCAUUACUUCAGAAAAUGACUGCCUGCCUUUUUGCACACUUCAUAACGCAACUGGCCUGUGGCCACAACUGCUGAUCUUUUUACUUGGGUUGUUGACAGAUAGACUUUUAUUGUAAAUGAUCACCUUUUAUCACAUGGACUAACUGGGCACUUUACCUGGGGUUUCAGUUUUGCACAGCUCAAAUUUUGUAAUUGGAUAAUGAAUCCACAGAUGUGUUUUAUGUUCACUAAUGUAACUUUUUGUCCUGUGUGUAUGUAAAGCCGCUUUCACACUGAGUUCACGACAAAUUGGUGCGUCACAGGCAUAGAUUUAUUAGCUGGCCCCUUUCAUUCAGAAUUAAUUCAGACAGCUGUUGUGGGUUUGCACCAUUCAUAUACCUACAGUAAUUUUUGAAUAUGCGAGGCGACGUUAGCGCAAAGGCAACAACUGCUUUCAACACAAAAGGACAUGAGCAGUGAGUCUCGAAUGUUAAACUUCUCACUCCACUUAUACGCUGGCAAGGUUCUGCCUCUGUCAAGCAUCAGAACAAGAACGUUAAUUUACAGGUCAAAUUUACCCUUCCUCCCACAUUGGGACUUUACACACUGGAGAGCACAAAGAAAAAGUUGUAAAAUGUUGGCUAAGAUGGCAAGUGUGAAAGCGGCUAUAGUGUCUAAGGUGUUUGGGUUGUUUUUUUCCCCCAAGUUGUGCUCAUUUAUUUGUAAUGUGAGAAAUAGUAAAAUACUUCAUUCAGUAUUUCAUUAUAUCCAGCUAAUAAGGGAUGCAGUUACAAGAUAAAUUGCUCAUAUGGCUGAGAAUGGAGUGUCUUUAACAGCUCAGUGUGAAUUUAACCUGUAACCAGCAACUGUUGGUUAACUAAAUUUACUGUCAUAAGGGGAUGGAUGUAUUAUUCCCAGACAAGUAACCAUCGUUGAUUCAUGAGCUCGAAUGAGUCUUGUUAAACCAAAUUGAAUGUGGUGUUAUUUAAAUGUGAUGUUGCUGCAUGUUUUGGUUUCACGCCAUUUGAUUCAUUUUAAAAUGAGCCCAAUCUAUAAUA